AUGAAAUCUCUAGACCAUCCCAAUAUCAUUAAACUUCUGCACAUAAUCGACACCAUAAAUAACACUUACAUAGUUAUGGACUAUGCCAUAGGCGGAGAGCUGAUGGACAGGAUUGUGGAGUUUGGCUACCUACAGGAGGAGGAGUCCUGUAAGGUAUUUAAACAGAUGGUAUGUGCCCUUCAGUAUUGUCACAUGAAAGGGAUUGCUCACAGGGAUCUAAAGCCUGAAAAUAUUUUAGUGGACGGCAAAGGAAAUAUAAAACUCAGUGAUUUUGGGCUGGGCACCAAGCUUACCCUGGGGCAGAAGCUAGCACAUUUCUGUGGGACCGUUCCUUAUUGUGCCCCAGAACUCUUUAAAGGUGGAGGCUACGAUGGCCGAGCAACCGACAUCUGGAGUUUGGGGGUUGUACUCUACUUUAUGUCUACAGGGUGCCUCCCUUUUAAGGGAACUACCUUUGUAGGAAUAAAGGAGCAGAUCUUGGCGGGAAAGUACUCUGUUGAAUUCAAGCUGUCGCCAGAGCUUUGGGAUCUUAUUGCUAAGUUGUUAACUAUAAAUCCUGGACAAAGACCAAGAAUAGAUGAUGUUGUGGGCUUUCAAUGGCUGAAGCAUGGCAAUGAAGGUUCUCCCAAUCCCUUUAGAGAGAAUGAUGAGGACAGCUACCCAGACCCCACUGUGAUGACCAUCAUGGGUGUCAUGGUUUAUAAGCAAGGACAGAUACUGGAAGCUUUACACGAGAAGUUUGAUCAAGUGAUGGCCACCAACUUGAUUCUUAGGCAGCAGUCACCCUGGGAAGACAUUACAAAAGAACUUCAGCCCAAGCAGUCUGCUGGAACCUUGAACCUUACAGGCCUUCCCACAAUACCUAAAGUGACUAUCAAGAGGGGAUCUAGUGUCUCUAUCCUUUCCACUUCUUCCAUUUUGCCUACUCUAACUGAGAGUCCCGAGAAUGACAAAAAGGGGAGAACGAGUAUGUACAUGAGGCUAAUUUCAUGA